AUAUUAAUUUUCACACAGCCUACCUACCUAGUACCUAAUACUACCCUAUUUGUGGCUAAGUACCACACUAGAAACUUCGUGUAAUACAAACAUUCUCUUAGAUAAACUUAUAAAACGCAGCCUUGUCAUGAGUUCCGACGAUUCUGAUUUCUAUGGAGACGACGACAUUAUGGCAGACCUAAAAGCCAAAGUGAGAGACUUCGAUCCCGAGACCUGGUGGGGGGAACACGGGGAUGUCAAUACACCACUAAGGAUCCAAGCACAGAGUGAAGAUGUUGAAAUGAAAGACGUAUCCAAUCUUCACAACCCAUAUGCCGGCUUGGAAUACGCAUGGCAGCUCACAGAGACGAUCGAAGCGUUCUUGGAACGUGUUCCACCAGCAACUACUGACGCAACUCCUAAGAAUCCAUGGAUUUGGGUUUGCAAUCCGUAUAUCAGCCGCAAGAAGAAGAGCGAGUCAUUGAAUCAGCACAUCCGUGGCUGCGAAGACGAAGCACCCGAGGAAGAAGGCGCGGACCUACCCCGUGUUGUCGAGGGUGGAAUGGCGAGGCUCCAUUUCGUAUCCGAGUACAUUAACAUGUGCAAGAACUCCGGCAACGGGCCAGCCUUCAUCGCCCGAGAAUGCCGGACAGCCGGCGUGGACGCGGCAAAGGAUAUCCUCAACCUUGCGAAAGCCCACCACGUGAGAUGCGGCAAAUGGAUGUUGUUCUGCAACACUUUCGAGGUCAACGAGAUCUGGAAGAUCAUCGCCAAGGCAACCAUUAAUAAUGAGCUGGGGAUAGGCGCCAAGGUCGCGCCACGACAGACAACCGAUAAAAGGACUGAGCGGCUCAUCUGUGUCUACACCGCCGAUUUCAGCGACACGCAAGACGUCAAGAGAGUCGCGGAGAAAUUGAAGAAGCUUGGGCUUGUUCAGGCCCAUGACAGACCAUUGUACUAUAAACCAGACGUAUACACAUAUUUGGGGAUAGCACAUGGAAAUCCAUGGGAGAUUAGAGCUUCCAUCUAUGACACCAAAACUAUGCUAAAGACAGGGAAAUGGACGUAGUCUUAAGAAAAGUGGAAACUGAUAUAAAUGUUCCCGGGAGGAAUAACUGAAUUUUCGAGAUACCCUUCGCUCCAAGAGUUCGCUUCCAAUGUAUGAUCAGAAACCUCGAGGAGUAUAGGGGCACUGCCUAGGUAGUUCAUGUGUGUAAGCUAAACAGAAACUCAAUGCUUACUUGCCGACCUCAUAACGCCGCCGAUGCAAUGAAUAUCCACGCUACCACCUCGAACCCUAAUGCCU